UACAGAAGCAGUGCGCUUGCCAACAGACCCCUACAUUUGGAAACCUUCUUUCGGUGCCAACAGAGAGGAAAGACGGGGUCACAAAAGUUCAGGUGAUGUGCUGCGUCAGAUGUGCAGGGCAUCAACGAUUUUUAAAUAUUUUGGCGGCCUCGUCGCGCCUGUAUGACCCGCGGGGAUUUAAAGCACCGGCAUUCUGUCCAUACUGCUGUAAGGUAAUGACAUCGGCUAGCACAUUGAUUUCUCCUGCAUGCCUAUAAGUUGGCACCAAGAAGACCUGCUUGUUUUGUGUUUAGUCGAGACCUUAACAAUAAGCAGGAUGGCAUAAGCCUAGCUUUUUGUAUUUAGGUGUAGGCGUUGGAGUAGCUUUUGAGUCACUUUUACAAUGAAGAUUUACUUCAUUUUCUCCUAAUUUGUUUAAGGUACGUUGGUGCUUCAGUUUAUUUAUCUACGUUUACUUUCAACAAAAAUAUGCUUAACUGUAAACACAGCAAUAUACUGAUUGAUUGAUUGAUUGACUGCAUUUAGUAGCACUGCAUGUUUUGUUGAUUAUUUAGUAAGUCGUUUAAAGAGGUUAGUUAAACUUGCUGUAAUUAAUACCUAAAUACCUAAGUUAUACCUAAUAUACUUCUGCAUAUAUAUAUAUAUAUAUAUACAUGUCGUUUGGGACUAAAUGUAUUAGUUUACAUUAAAUUCAGGUAUAAAUAUUGUAAAAAAAAAAAAAAAAAAAAGCUAAAUGCAUUAUCAUUAUUAUAUUUUGUUUGCAACCAAUCAAGAAUGUAUCACUGAAAAUCCCAUAUUAAUCUGCCAUUAAUCUGACUUUUGUUGGGGGGUAUUCAACGUUUAUGUCUGAAUUAUAACCCAAUACCGGAGAUGCUUCAGUGCUUGCAAUGGAGACUUUGUGAUCUUGCAUCAGUUGAUUUAGUUUACCAUAAAACAUUUUUGUUGUCUCUUUGUUAUGUUAUUCCUUCCUAGUUUUGAAGUAGUCAACCUAUUUAUACAUUUAUACAAACUCUAAGAUGUUCUUAGUUUGGGAAGGCUUAGCUCUGGGAAAACGUUUAUUUAAAAUAAAGUGACCGACAGUAAUGAUGAAAGUGAUAUGCUCUAUAAUCAAAUAAUAGUUUAGUACUAAAUUUGUUUUAUUUCAAUGCAUUUUAAUAUUCAAAUGUGACCCACAGUUCGUUUUCAUGAUUCUUGCUUAUUUCCUCUUUUAACAGACUCAAAAAUGCCCGAGUGAAAAUGGGAGACUGGAACUUUCUUGGUGGGAUUUUGGAAGAGGUGCAUAUCCACUCCACCAUGGUGGGGAAGAUCUGGCUGACCAUCCUCUUCAUCUUCCGCAUGCUAGUGCUUGGGGUGGCAGCCGAGGAUGUGUGGAAUGAUGAACAGGCUGACUUUAUCUGCAACACCGAGCAGCCUGGUUGCCGCAACGUGUGCUACGACAAAGCAUUCCCCAUUUCCCUUAUCCGCUAUUGGGUGCUGCAGGUCAUUUUUGUGUCUUCACCUUCGCUGGUGUACAUGGGCCAUGCCCUCUACCGCCUCCGUGCCCUCGAGAAAGAGCGACAGCGCAAAAAGUUAACACUGAGACGUGAACUUGAGGCCGUGGACGUGGAGAUGGCAGAGGUACGACGCAAAAUAGAACGUGAGCUUCGGCAGAUCGACCAGGGGAAGCUGAACAAAGCUCCGUUGAGGGGGUCCCUUCUGCGCACCUACGUGGCUCACAUAGUCACCCGCUCUGCUGUAGAGGUGGGCUUCAUGACCGGACAAUAUGUUCUGUAUGGGUUUCAACUAAAUCCGCUGUACAAAUGUGAGCGGGAGCCCUGCCCAAACGCGGUGGAUUGCUUUGUAUCUCGACCCACUGAGAAAAGUGUCUUCAUGGUGUUCAUGCAGUGCAUAGCUGCCAUCUCAUUGUUUCUCAACAUUCUGGAGAUCAUGCACCUGGGCUAUAAGAAGCUUAAAAAAGUCAUUUUGAACUACUAUCCACACCUGAGGGACGAUCCCGAUGACAGCUACUAUCCCAACAAGCUGAAGAAAGAUUCCGUUGUCCAUCAGACAUGCAUCGGCACCUCGACUGGCCGCAAGGCCACCAUUGCUUCUGCACCCAGUGGGUACAACCUUCUGCUUGAGAGACCACCUGAUGAAACCGGCUACCCUCCUCUGAUUAACCCAUCCUCUGCUUUCUUGCCAGUUCAGGGUGAUUUGCCAGCUAAAAACGGUUCUGAUGCACCAAAGUAUUCGCAGCACAGUCCCACAGAGCACAACAGCAAUUCCAACAACACCAGCAGUGAUACGCGCUCGCCACCUUGCAACUCCGUCACGCCACCAAAGCAAGAUGAGGGGGAAGAUUCUGUCCAGCCUCCACCUACGCACAAGAAAGGGCAGGAGUCCAAGACUCCAGACUCAUCAAGCCAUCCCAGAGAAUCUUCUCACUCUUCAUCCGGCGUAGGAAAGAAGCCAUGGAAGGUCAGCGCACCCUGGAACUGCUCAACGGUUGUAGAAGGUAAUGGCUCUGACUCGGAUUCCCUGGAAGGCGCUAAAGCCCGCUGUCCCUACUCCACUGUGCGGGCACGUACUUUGUCCAGGUCUGAAUCCAAGCGGAGCAGGCCCACCUCUCCUGAUUCAAUAGAAGAAUCCAGCUCUGAGUCAAGGCAUAGCCCACGAGUGUCACCAAGCCAUCGCGCCUCAUUGGCCAGCAGUUCCAGUAGCAGACGAGCUGCUCCCACAGACUUACAGAUAUGAGAAAAACUCAUGGAUGAUAGCCAUGUAAUUUUUGCAGUUAUAAAUUGAUGGAAAUUGACCAGAGUGACUGUAAAAUUAACAUCUACAACUUAGCACGGAAGCAAUCUCAGACUAAAGUUUUAUAUUUAACUUUAUAAAGUGGUGGCACUCCUUAAUGGAUUGUUUACACUCUACUUUUAUAUACAUAUCACACAGUAUUUAUUAACAAUAGUAGUAUGACUAAUACAGGACAAUGGAUUGCAUGUUUAAUUAUGUAUGCCUUCUGGACAUUUCUCUUUUUGACUGCUUCCUGCAUCAGAAGUAAAAAUGGUGUAAUGGUAAAAAAGAAAUCACAAUUUUAAAACACAUAGUGCUUACUUAGAACAGCUGUAAAAAUCUUCAAAAAUAUGAUAUUGUAAAAAAAAACUGUUAUAUCUGCAUGUCAUAGCAAAUACAGCUAAAUAAAGUGGUCUGAUUUACAAUGCAAUUAAGCCAAGACUGAA